AUGGCUAACGUAUUUCGCCAUCGUGUGACUGCGAUCAAGGAUGGCGCAAUUGAGAAGAGGAAGCUUUCUGGAUGGAUCAUUCCAAAGGAAAAGUCCAGUUUUGGGGACGAAGAUGCCUGGACCAAUAUUGACACAGAUGUCACGCCUCUCGAACGCCGAACAUGGACUGCCUGGACCAUGGGCGGUUAUUGGUUCUCGGAUGCAUUGAAUGCUCAAAGUUGGAUGGCACCGGCAAGUAUUAUUGCUGUUGGGCUCACCUGGCGGGAGUCGAUCGUCUGCAUCAUCUUCGGUAGCUUGGUCUGCACAGUACCUCUUGUUCUCAACGGUGCUAUUGGACAGCGUCUUCAUGUUCCAUUCCCCGUAGCACUCAAAUCUGGAUUUGGAUGGCAUUUUGCUCGAUUUGCAGUUGUUGUCCGAAUGAUUACUGCUCUCUUCUGGCAUGCUAUUCAAACUUAUACUGGAUCUACUGCUAUGACCCAAUGUAUCCGUGCCAUCUGGCCAUCUUACCUCGACAUUCCGAACCAUAUUCCUGAAUCUGUUGGUAUCACCACGCAGCAGAUGGUGUCCCACUUCAUUUUCUGGUCUAUUCAAUUUCCGAUUUUGUUGACUCCACCUCAUAAACUGAUGUGGUUCUUCAUCUUCAAAGCUUUCGUGGUGACUGUUACUUGUGUUGGAGUUGUUAUUGCCAUGACCCAAAAGGCCGGCGGCUCAGGCGAUAUCUGGAACCAGAAAUACGAAGUGUUUGGUGCCAAACGCUCAUGGCUCAUUCUGUCAAGCUUGUCAUCCAUCACUGGAGGAUGGGCUACUAUGGCUACAAAUAUCCCUGAUUUCACCCGAUACAUUGGUGACAAACACAAGAACGCAAUCUACUACCAAGUCGCAUUUCUUCCACUGAUCCAACUUGUUCUCGGACUCUUCGGUAUCAUUUCCUGCUCAGCGGCAAAAGUCGUGUAUGGAGAAUAUAUCUGGGAUCCCCUCACCCUAGCCUCUCACUGGGACGGACCAGGUGGUAGAGCAGGUGCCUUCUUUGUCGGCUUUUCCUGGGUCGUUGCUCAAAUCGGUACCAAUCUUUCAGCCAACGUCAUCUCUUUCGCCAACGAUCUCACCUCCUUAUUUCCUAAAUACUGCAACAUUCGUCGUGGAGUUAUCGUCGGAACGAUCAUUGCAUCUUGGAUCAUGGUGCCAUGGAAGAUCAUUCACUCCGCUGCCUCUCUCCUGAGCUUUAUGAGCGGUCUCGGAAUUUUCCUCGCUCCUAUUGCAGCUAUCUUGGCGUCCGACUUCUGGGUUGUCAAGAAACAACAUGUUGAUGUACCAGCAUUGUACCGACGACAUGGACGUUAUCGCUACAACGCUGCUGGUACUAAUUGGCGCGCUGUUGUUGCGUUUCUUAUCUCGAUCGUUCCAAAUCUCCCCGGUAUGGCAGCUCAAGUCAACAGUGACCUCAAAGUUGGUGGUGCGCAAUACAUCUACAAUAUGUUCUACCUUUAUGGGUUCACUAGCGCUUUCGUAGUCUAUGCUGCGCUCAGUCACUUCUUCCCUGCGACCGAAACUCUUAUUCCAGAGACCAUCACCGAGGAGAUCGAGAUCAUUGGCGGUGUUGAAUACAGAAAUGAUGGAUUGAGUACUCCUGUCGAGGCAGGUGGCUCUACUGGUAGCCAUGAUGGAGACGAGAAAGCCGUCAUGACCAGCGCUGAUUACAAAGUUUAA